CAAGAGCUUGCUUGCACAUUGCUUCAGACUGUCACUGCCACAGUUGAGACCCAGUAUGACCCCCACCCUAUGUCCACCAUUAUCAAAGAAGACUCCACUGCAUGUUUGUCAAAUCCUUCUUCACCAUCCCAGACAAGGAAAUCAGAUUGCAAGCUCCACCUUCAGUCACCAUGGCUCCUUCAACUGGUGCUUGAUCAUGCUAGAAUGGUUGGUCAGAAACUAAUUACUAUGGCAUAUGUGGCCAGCUGCAUCACUGAGAGCUUCAAGAUGCAUCUCUUCACUACCUGGGGCAUGCCUGGUGUUCACCAAGUAUUCUUGUUGGAGCAUGACAAGAUGUAUGCCAAUGAUGAGGUGAGCAUCAAGAUGAGGAAAGAGUGGGCUUUGGAGACUGACAGUGUCAACUUGAAGGCAGCAAUGUGCAUUCCAGGUGUCAGCUUUAGUCCCACAUACUCAAAAAACUGUGUUGAGAGCUUUGCCACACUUAGGGUUGAAGCCAUGUGUGCAAUGAUCAUGAAGGAACUGUGA